AUGGCUCGUCGGAGAUUGGCUUUAGUUUUUGGUAAUGACUCCUAUCCAGUUAACAAAUUAAACUGUUGUAAGAAAGAUGCAGAGGAUAUGACCAUCGAGUUAAGAAAGCUAGAUUUUCAUUGUGGACCGCCACAUGUCGAUCGAAACAAGCGUCAGAUGGACAUUGCCAUUCGGGAUUUUUGUGCAACUAUUAAGGAUGAUGAUUGUGUACUAAUUUAUUUUUCGGGACAUGGAAUGGAAGACAAGGGUAAAAACUAUUUAUUGCCAAUUGAAUACAUACACAAUCCUGAAUUUGAUUGUAUCAAUCUGGAAGAACUAUUAAAACAGUUGAAUAACUGUAGAGAUAAUUUAUUGAAUAUCAUUAUACUCGAUGCAUGUCGUGCUGACAAAGAAAAUAAUACGUGGAAAACGAAGGCUACAAUUGCGGAAAACGACCACGAUCCCAAACCUGCCUUUGGCAAAGCCCUAUCAGGACAUAUCCGUCUACCUAAGAAAUCUCAAUUUGUCUUAAUAUAUUCAGCUGAUCCUGGUACGGUAUCAUUUGCUGACGGUCCUCAUACGAAUGGAAACAGUUAUUUUACACAUUCACUAUUAAAUCAUAUUUCGGCAUCGAAUACAAAGAUAGAAGAUAUGAUGAAAGAAGUCUCAAGAGAAAUAAAAUUUAAGUCAAAACACAGACAACGACCUUGGAUAAAUUUAUGUCUUCAUGAAGAUUUUUAUUUUCAAAAAGAAACAAAAUUCAAUGCAUGGAGACAAAAUGCCAUUAUUGUAGCUGGUGGAAAUGGACAAGGACAAAAAUUACAUCAACUCAAUCACCCUUUUGGAAACUUUAUUGAUAGAAAGAAAAAUAUUUUUAUUGCUGAUCAUUGGAAUCAUCGUAUUGUUGAAUGGAAAUAUAAUGCAAAGGAAGGACAAAUCAUUGCAGGUGGAAAUAGCCAUGGAAAUCGAAUAAGUCAGUUGAAUUAUCCAACAGAUGUAAUUGUUGAUGAACAAAAUCAUUCGAUUAUCAUUGCUGAUCGUGGAAAUAAACGAGUGAUUCGAUGGCUGAAUCAAACUCAACAAAUUCUCAUUGAUAAUAUCUUUUGUUAUGGCUUGGCAAUGGAUAAAAAUGGAUUUCUUUAUGUUUCUGAUAUUGCUAAGAAUGAAGUGAGACGAUGGAAUAUGGGAGAAUAUAAGACUGAAGGAAUUGUAGUGGCAGGCGGAAAUGGAAAAGGAAAUCAACUCAAUCAAUUAUAUUCUCCUACUUUUAUCUUUGUUGAUGAAGAUGAAUCUGUUUAUGUAUCAGAUACUGACAACAAUCGUGUAAUGAAAUGGAGAAAAGGUGCAAAAGAAGGAAUAGUUGUGGCUGGAGGAAAUGGUAAAGGAAGAAAUUGGAAUCAACUGUACCAUCCUGAAGGUAUAGUUGUUGAUCAUUUAGGUCAAAUCUACGUGGCAGAUAGUGAGAAUCAUCGAGUAAUGCGUUGGUCUGAAGGAGACGAAGUAGGUGAACUUGUUGUUGGUGGAAAUGGUGAAGGAAAUCAAUUGGGUGGUCCCUCUGGUUUAUCUUUUGAUGAUGAAGGAAAUCUUUAUGUUGCUGAUUGGGGAAAUCAUCGAAUUGUAAAUUUUGAAAUAAAUUCGUGA